GAUGAUGGCGAGACGACGGACGGUAUAUAAACCAGCCGGGGCGAGUUCACUGCCACUGUACGGGGCCGAAAGCACACAGACCGGGAAUCAAGAUGCCAAACUGGGGAGGCGGAGCCCAGUGUUCGGCCUGCGAGGAGACGGUGUACCACGCCGAGGAGAUCCAGUGCAACGGGAGGAGCUUCCAUAAGACCUGCUUCAUCUGCAUGACCUGCAGGAAGGGGCUGGACAGCACCACGGUGGCGGCGCACGAGUCCGAGGUCUACUGCAAGUCCUGCUACGGCAAGAAGUACGGGCCUAAAGGAUACGGAUACGGACAGGGGGCCGGAGCUCUGAGCUCUGACCCGCCGGGACGGAACGUGGACCCGCAGCCUCACGACUCCAAAGCCAAACCUUCCGCGGCGAACUCCAAUCCCGCCAAAUCUUCCCAGAAGUUCGGCGGAGCGGACCGCUGCCCUCGCUGCACCAAGGCCGUGUACGCCGCGGAGAAGGUGAUGGGAGCAGGCAAGCCCUGGCAUAAAACCUGCUUCCGCUGUUUACUGUGUGGCAAAAGCCUGGAGUCGACCACAGUGACGGACAAGGACGGAGAGCUGUACUGUAAAGUUUGCUACGCCAAGAACUUUGGCCCAAAAGGCUUCGGGCUUGGAAACGCCGCCAUGUUGGAGGAGCGACAGUGAAACAUCGUCUGUUUAAAACACUGAGCGACCGGAGCGGGACAGUUGAGUCAAAAUGUCAGAUGAUGAUGAUGAUGAUUAUUCCGCAUCCAAAAUAAACACGUUUUGAUAUUUUAAAA